AUGACGUCCAAGGAUGCAGCGGCGGACGCGGCCGUCAGAGGCCAGGCCACGACGGGAUACGAGACCCUGACCCUGUGGGAGACGGUCAUGACGUUCAAGGUGAGCACUGCCGUGUGCUUCUUCGCCGCCUUCAGCGCCGCGACAGAUGGCUAUCAGAUCGGCAUGAACUCGGGUAUCGUCGCCAACAAGGGCUUCAUCCGCCAGUUUGCUACGCAGACCACCGCCGAUGGAAGCCGAGUGCUCGCAUCGCCCGUCCUCGCUGGCUGGAGCUCCAUCCAGUCUGUGGGUCAGAUCGUCGGCAUGGUGUCCCUCUCGUUCAUCUCGAGCCGCUACGGACGCAAGGUCGCCAUGUAUACCUACUGGUUCAUCCUGGCGUGCAGCAUCAUCGCCGAGUGUCUUGCCAGGGACUGGCAGGUGUGGCUCGUCGCCAAGCUGCUCGCCGGCAUCGGUGUCGGCUGCAUGCAGUCCACGCUGCCGACCUAUAUAUCAGAGGUCGCCCCCGUGCGCAUCCGUGGCGGCCUGUUGAUGCUCUACAGCCUUUGGUGGACCGUGGGCACCUUCUUCGCCUACAUUGCCAUGCAGACCAUGAACCGUCAGCAUCCCGACGAGUACCUCACGCCCAUCUACACGCAGUGGGCCCAAAUUGGCCUCAUGCUGGUCAUCUACGUCUUCCUCCCGGAGUCCCCAGCCUGGUGCGUCACACGCGGCGACAUGGCGAGGGCCAAGCGCGAGCUCAGGAAGCUCCAUCGCGGCGUCCGCGGCUUCGACUUGGAUAAGCAGCUCGAAAUCAUGGUCCUGGCGGCUGAGCACGAGGAGGCCGUGGCGGCCGAACAGAAACGCGUGCCUUGGUAUUCCAUCUUCCGCGGCGUCGACGGCUUCCGGACCGUCAUCGCCCUCUGGACGAACCUGUCGCAGCAGUUCAUUGGCCUCACCCUCUUCAGCACGUUCGGCACCUACUUCUUCCAGCAAGCCGGCCUGCCGGAUCCCUUCAUGAUCAAGUGCAUCACGUCGUCCAUCAACAUCGCCACCAUCAUCGUCGUGGUCGGCCUGGCGGACCAGGUCGGCCGGAGAUGGAUCGCGUGCACCGCGACGACCGUUAUGUGGUUGUGCUGCGUCAUCAUCGGCAUCUUGGGCGUGACAACGCGCGUCGAAGCCACCAACUACGUGCUCGUACUCUUUGCAUGCUUCUGGAAUAUGGGUAUGACAGCCAACGGAGCGGCCGGAUGGGGCUUCAUCGGUGAAAUCUCGUCGCAGCGACUCCGGCCGUACACGGCCGGGUUCGGUGCUGCAUGCACUUGCGUUGCCGGCGUGGCCAUGGGCCAGCUGACGCCCUACAUGGUCAACCAGAACCAGUGGAACUGGGGUCUCAAGACCGGCUGGUUCUACGCCGGUGUCGGUCUUCCCUUCAUGGUCGGCAUGUGGCUGCUGAUUCCCGAAACUGCCCGUCGCUCCGCUGCCGAGCUUGACGAGUUGUUUGAGCGGAAGAUUAAGCCGUGGCGGUUCCACAAGACCGAGACUGCCACCCAGCGUCUCCUCAAGCAGCAAAAGGCGGAACAAGCCGAGGAAUAA